AUGGCGACAAUUGUAAUCGGAGACGAGAGUCUAAUCAUCGAUUUCGAUGGAUUCAUAUUCGAAGAUGCUCAAAUAGACCCCUCUGUCAGCACCGCGCUCACGACGCCCCUCCAAGGCGUGGAUGCCGGCGAGGCCACUGUGUACAACAACGCGCUGAACCUGAUGACCACAGCGCUGUUGUUCAAGCAAGAGUGGAUUGAUAACACACCCGAGUCUAAGACGAGAUUCAUUAACGCGGUCACCCGCCACUGGGGAUUAACAACUGCAAAUGCCACGUCCUUCCUUAUUGACAUGCUCUUCUCCGCUAGACGACGUGUAUUUGGGUGUUGGGAGCAGACUCCAAGCCAAGUCCGCAAAACAUUCUCCGAAUCCCCUGAAACCGUCGCAAUUAUUCACGACAUCCUCCGAGCGACAAAGGUGCCGACAUUUGUCCAGGGCAUUCACAAUCCAGUCGCACCGCAUCUCAAGCCCUACGCCGUUAUCUGCAAGGACCUCGUGAGACUUGUCCAAGGAGACAUACUUGGGCUUGGUUUCGCCGAGGACGAGAUCAACACGCAGCAGAUCACCAAUAUCAUCGGUAGAAUGCUAAGCCCUGGUCAUCAACUCCUGGUACAACGAACGAUCGAAGAGGCGCAAGCUCCAGGCCAAAUUUGUCCGAUUAUUGUGUCAAUUCGUGACGACAUGGUUCGAAAGCUUCGCACUGCAGUUAGUAAUGCGUAUUGCGGCGAACAAAGAAUCGUUAACGUUGUUGCUGAGCUCGCGGCUUGGAAGCCCCGUAUCUCGCGUUCAUACGGAACACUGUACCAGCCAGAUGUCACCAACGGGCAGAAGCGCACCCACCAUGAUGCAGAACAGGUAGAGAUUACGCCUACAGCCAAACAGGCUAGCAUAGAGGUAGAAGAUGAUAACACCAUCACUUUACCUAUGAAGAGAGAGCAUGGCGGCGGCGGGUCUCCUCCUCCGAAGCGUGUUCGCGAGAAUACAGACGAGGAUGGCAACAUCCCUAUUACAGUUCCGCGACAGUGCGUCCCCAUGUAG